UUCCCUUCCAUAGUCGGCACAGUAAGACUGAGUUGGGAACCAGUUGUAGCUGUUUCAGCUACGUUCAAAAAUUUUGUGCUUGGCAAGGGCUGAAGCAGCUUACUCACUGUGGCUUUGAAUCGUCAGGAGAAGACAAACGCCGACAGAACACUAUGAAUCCACAUUUUGAAAUGAUUGGCAAAUCUUUUGCCGAACAGUAUUAUGCCUGCUUUGACAACAAAGAUACGAGAGAGAAAGUCGCAGCCAUGUACAGCCCGAAUGAGGGAAUGUUAUCUUUCGAAGGUCAGCAGUUUCAAGGAGCUGCAGCAAUUGGAGAAAAAAUGAAGACCGUGCCAUUGGACAACAUGCUGCGUGUGAUCAGCACAAUCGACUGCCAGCCCAUGAUGGAUGGUGGAGUCAUUGUCUCUGUUCUUGGACAGCUAAAGAACAACGAUGACAAUGACAAGGUGUUGCCGUUCAGCCAAACCUUUGUAUUGAAACCAGCAAAUAACUCUUUUUUUAUAUAUCAUGACAUCUUUCGGUUGGUUUUGCAUAAUUUGUAGGGAACGAUGUACUGUACUGCUUGUGUUAUUCUAAUUCUCCUUGAAACACGUCAAAAAUUGCUUCUAUAGGGAAAUAAAUGGAAAAGAUGAUUCUGUAGCUUAUUGUGUACAUUGCUGAGCUAGCUAAUAUUUUAGUUUCAAAUUUUGGACUCUUGCGCAAAGAAGAGGUCUCCUGUGUAUUGUCCGUCUUUUGCUUUAAUUUUAAACCCACACAUGGAUGACCCUGGUGAUUUUCCGUGAAAGUAUGUUGCUUCAACCCAUCACUUGAAAUUGUGUCUUUUUUUUUUUUAUACCUGCUGCGAUUUUUAUAUUGGGUCUUGAUAUUGCUGCUCUUUUUUAUCUGUUACUGUUAUGCAUGAUGUUAUCUGGAUUUUUUUAUUUAAACAAUUUUUUUUUUGUUGUUGAGAUUAGUGAUGACUUUUGUUGUGUGCCUCCAGUCUUAUUAAUCUGUUUGUUUGUUACUAGUAUUAUGUUUAUUGUUUUGUCACUGUUGGGAAGAUACAGAAUGAAUUGUAGCUGUUGGAGGAAGAUGAGAGGGGUUGAGGGGAGGGAGGGGGGGGGGGGGGGGGGUUAUAAGUCUGUGGUCACCCAUUGCCUCUCCUUACUUACAGAUGAGGCAAAUGGAUUUUCUCACUCUGCUGAAUCUGUUCAGUUAGAAGUUCUGGCAUAGAUCUACUGCUAUUUAAAUUCACAGCUAUCAAUCUUACAGUGAAGUUCAUAUGGAAGAAAGAAGUACAAACACUUGUAAGUGAAUGUUUUUAGCGUGCGGUGCGCACUUGCUUAAAGAUUUCUAUUAUUGUUGAACCUAUGGAGCUUGUGCUGUCUUGACCUGCAUUGUUUGGUAACUUUUUCACUGUGCUGUCGUUUCAUGAUAAUGAUAUAAGAAACUGAAGCUUCCCCUGCUCCACCUGUACUUACCUUCCAGGUGAGCGUGUCGGCUUUUCCACGAUUUUGUUUCAUCAAAUAAAUAAAACAAUUAUGAUCCAUCA